AGCAGCUCAGUUCUCGCUCAGCUGCUAUCAGCAGCAGUUCUUACACGACAUUCAAUGGCAAUCGUCGCAACUCAGAUGCUUAAGCUGACGCUGACGCUGCUGCUGUUCAGUCUCAGUCUACGCAUUGUCUUGACCCAGCGCCAACCACCCUACGGGUGUGGCAAUAUCUUCGAAUAUCAGAUACAGGGCGAUCGUUGGAUAGGGAUUGUCACGCCCCCAGAGGAUGGACUGAAAAGCGUCGAGUGGCUGGUGCGUUUUAUGUCUCAGGGCACAGACCAGCCUGGCACAGUGAGUUCUCUGGAUCCUUAUCCAAAUAAGCAAACCGCUCUGCAAAACAUGCACAACGGCGGACGAGCCGAAUGCUUUGUGCGCUUCGAUGGCUACGAGCAUCAGCAGCUGCCCAAGAUAGUGCGCAUCGAGCUGAAUGGGCAAGUGCUGUGCACUGCCAGUGAAUACGGAGCACCCUCAACAACGAUGACGCGCGAGUUGCACAUGGCUGUUUCGUCACAGACUACACAUGAGGUGGCAGGACCAAGUCCUGCACCACCCACAACAAGUCAACCACAGUACAUUUCGAAAGAGCCUCAAUUUAAUUUCGAUCAGCCAAUAACUCCUAUUGGGUGGCCGGCAAUGACUACUGCAAGAUUGGCUGCAUCGCUUGGGUCAAAUGGGGGCCGCUGGGAUGCCAAUCCGUUUUUGAAGCCGCUGAAGAACCGGAAUUCUCUUUUCACUGUGGAUACGCGUAUUGACCCGGCAGAAGAGGAGUGCGGCGUGGAGGGUUAUGUUGCCUUACAGGUUGGAGGUGAAAUCGUGCCCAGAGGUCGUUUUCCUUGGCUGGCUGCGCUCUAUCGCGACACCAAUAUGGACCCCAAUAAGAUUGAGCUAAUCUACAAAUGCGUGGCGACGCUGAUCUCCGCACGCACCGUCAUAACGGCGGCCCACUGCAUCUACGACUAUACGCCGGCCCAGCUGAGAGUCUAUGUGGGGCGUCAUGACACAAGCUUGCAUCCCGAAAAGGAUGCUACUUUGAUGACUGUGGAGAGCAUGCGCACGCAUCCGGACUUUGUGGGCAAUGUGGUGCCCGACUGUGAUGUGGGCCUACUCGUGCUCACCGAGAAGGUGCAAUUCUCUGCCUACGUGCGUCCCAUUUGCCUGUGGAGCAACAGCAUCUCGCUCGAUGACAGAGAAGAGACCACUGUCGCCGGCUGGGGCAAUGAUGCCAAUUUUAAGCCAACGCGUUUUCCUGCAGCCGUCAAUGUGAGCCUGGUGUCCAGGGAGGAGUGUCUGCUUGGAAUGCUGACUGCCAGGGACUUUCUGACGCCUCGCACACUCUGCGCAGGCAACAGCCAGGGGCAUGGGCCCUGCCUGGGCGACUCCGGAGGUGGAUUGAUGGUGCUGCGCAAUGGUCGCUGGUACGUGCGCGGCAUCGUCUCGCUGGCUCAACGCGCGGGACUUGGCUGCAACUUGUCGCGCUUCGUCAUCUACUCUGACGUUGCCAGUCAUCUCAGCUGGGUGGAGCGUAAUAUUGUUCUGGCGAUGAGCACGCAACUGCGGCUGCUGCUUGUGGCCAUCGUUCUAAUGGCAUCCGUUGCUCAGCGUCUGCCGGAGAACCCGUGUGCACAGUACUUCCAGUAUGUCCAAAAUGGCAUUGGCAGCUAUCAGGGCGAGGUGACGCUUGGCUUGCAAAAUGGCCGCAAUCGCAUCGAUGUGCGGUUCUCGAUGCGCGGCAUUCUAGAUGUAACUGUAUUUGGCGCCCUGCAGCCAUAUCCUGAUGAGGCCACAGUGCGCGUCAGUUUGGGUGCUGCUAAGUUUCGGCUCAGCCUCUGGCCGGAUGCGUCGGGUAUGCUGCCCAAGCUAACGAGGUUGGCAUUCAAUGAUUUUACGCUUUGCACAGCCAGCGAAUAUGAUCCGCCCACCAGUUUCUUCAAUCGCUUUUACGAGCUCCACAUUAACACUCCGCAAUCGCCGCGAUGGUUCGUUCCCACGCCUGGGGUGCAAAAGUUUUCGCAGGGGCAGACCGAUGUGGAGAUCAAAACAGUCAUCUUUGAUGGGUCGGAGGACGCAAUAUCUCAUAUUCUGUCCGAUAUUGUCAAUGAACAGCGCUCCAGCACUGCUGCUGCUGCUCCUUGGUCACCUUGGCCGACGGAAACAGUAAGGAGCACUGCAAGCGCUGUGAUCCGACAAAGCUGGCCCCCACCGACAACACCAACAGUACCUAUCGCUGCCUUAUCACCUUGGCCCCUAGCAACGCCUGCGCCGCAAUUAACUCCAACUGCCAAUUGGUUGAAUCCCAAAGCCGUGCCCUCACCAACUGUUUCCAAUUCACCAUUCGAGUGUGGCCAAGACGACACGUUAGUACCCUUCAUACAGCGAGGUGAGGGAUAUCCGCGUGGCAGAUUCCCUUGGCUGACAGCUGUAUAUUACAAGCAGUCAUUUUCGUAUGACUUUAAGUGCGGUGGCUCGCUGAUCUCGACCAGUAUGGUUAUCACGGCCGCCCACUGUGUGUACAAUGUAAAGGAGGAUCGCGUGAGAGUGGGCGUGGGACGCUAUGAUUUGCGUGAUGACAAGGAAGAAGGUGCUGAGGCGCGCGACGUAUCACGCAUCAAGGUGCAUCCAGAAUUCUCCUUGCGCGUGCAGCUACAGCCGGAUUCGGAUAUUGCGCUGCUCACGUUAGAAACUCCAGUCAUCUUCAAUGACAUAAUCAGUCCAAUUUGUCUGUGGGAGGCAGCUGAGAGCGAAAUUGCAGCCGAAGUCGGCUCCAUUGCCGGCUGGGGAACAGAUGACAAAGGCAACGAUGUGACACGUUAUCCGAAUGUUGUCGAGGCGAAGAUUGCCAGCGAGGCGGAUUGCGCAAAUAGCUUUAAUGGAAGAAGAGUUCUCGUGCGCACGCUGUGUGCCAGCAACCUAGAUGGUUCUGGUCCAUGUCUUGGUGAUUCCGGUGGAGGUUUGAUGGUUAAACACAAAAACCGCUGGCUGCUCCGGGCUGUUGUGUCUCAGGGCCAGCGGAGCCCAACUGAGCACUGCAAUAACACCAUGUAUGUGCUGUACUGCGAUCUUGCCAAGCAUAUGACCUGGAUUAGCCAGAACAUAAACUAGAGUCUAACAAAUUGUUUUAGAUAUAUCUCAUAAAAUACUAAAAGAGGCUAUGCCAUACAAAAUUCACGCUAGAAACAAGUAAAAACACGGAGGGAGGUUCCCAACAACAACAAUACAGAAAUGCAUUUCAACAUUUCUUAAAUUGAAUGUAAAUUACGUAUUAUGUUAAAUGUAGGAAAAAGUAUGUGCAAAAAAUCUAAAACGACACAACGACUCAUUUAUGCCCUUAUCUUUUGAAAUUGUUAAUAAUAAUAAUUAUCAAUACAAGUAUGAACUAGCUG